CAAGAGCAUCUACUGCGCGAGAAAGUCCAACGACGCGAUAACGACACAUCGUUCUUAAAGUUUCCUCGUGUUUUGUAUAUAUAUAAACAAAUAAGUUUCCGAGAGUCAUGAUUACAAAAAAUAGCUUGAUCAAAACAUUACCGAACUGUUGAUGACUUUUCAACGUGCUUUAAAUUAAAGCUGACAAAAAGAAAGGUCCGGCAGAAAAGAAGCAGAUGUUCAUUGAUUCACGAGGGACCGGAAGCGAUCAAGAUCCGGUGGGGGAGAUUUUCGGACGAGCGGCUGACAGCUUCCGUUCGAUCUUCGCCGAGAGCAUUCGCCGGAUUUCUGAACGAUAGAAUGUGCAGCUGAUCGGAAUGGCAAGACACUCUCGAAUGAUCAUAUGCUUCAUAUGCUGCUACUUGUAUACACUGUUUGGCAUGACUGCUCCAAACUUUCCGGAGCUAGACUUUGAUGAGUAUGGGAAAAAAGAAUCUUCUUUGUCGCUAAAGGAUAUUCUGCCUUUGAAUCCGAAACAGUACGAUAAGCACAGAGCUCCAAAAUUCCUCGGACAACCCACUAUCGUUUAUUUUCACGUGACAGUGCUCAGCUUAGACUCCAUAAAUGAAGAAUCGAUGACGUAUGUGGCCGACAUAUUUCUCGCGCAGAGUUGGCGGGAUUCUAGACUGCGGUUGCCGGAAAAUAUGUCCGAAGAGUACAGAAUACUUGACGUGGACUGGCUGCAUAACAUUUGGAGACCUGAUUGCUUCUUCAAAAACGCAAAAAAGGUUACCUUCCACGAGAUGUCGAUACCAAACCACUAUCUCUGGCUGUAUCACGACAAAACAUUGCUUUACAUGUCCAAAUUGACAUUGGUGCUUUCCUGCGCGAUGAAGUUUGAGUCUUACCCUCAUGACACACAAAUUUGCUCAAUGAUGAUCGAGAGUCUUUCGCACACGACUCAAGACUUGGUAUUUCUAUGGAACACAACGGAUCCCCUUGUGGUUAAUCCAGAGAUCGAGCUACCGCAGCUCGACAUAUCGAACAACUAUACGACCGACUGCACGAUCGAAUAUUCGACCGGAAACUUCACGUGCAUACAGAUUGUCUUCAAUCUACGCCGGAGACUGGGUUAUCACUUGUUCCACACGUAUAUCCCGUCCGCCCUUAUCGUCGUCAUGUCAUGGAUCGCCUUUUGGAUCAAGCCGGAAGCUAUCCCGGCACGUGUCACCCUGGGCGUGACGUCACUGCUAACCCUUGCUACUCAAAACACGCAAUCUCAACAAUCUCUGCCGCCGGUUUCAUAUGUAAAAGCAAUCGACGUGUGGAUGUCCUCGUGCAGCGUAUUCGUCUUCCUGUCCCUUAUGGAAUUUGCGGUAGUGAACAACUACAUGGGACCAAUCGCUACGAAGGCCAUGAAAGGCUAUUCGGACGAAGAUCUUCGAGAGGCCAUCGACGACUUCAAGACGCCAAUGAGACCGGAUGCUGAAAGAAAUAGAAGUCCAAUAAGAACACCGACGGUUCAGUAUGAGCAAUGCUGUCAAGGACGAGCCACCGCCAUUUACAUCGACAAGGUUUCCAGAUUCUUCUUCCCUUUUUCGUUCUUUAUUCUUAACGUUGUUUAUUGGAGCACUUUCCUAUAAUAAAACUAAAAGACGAGACCUACCCGACUCAGCCAGAGUCAAAUGUAUUUUCCGAGAUAUCGAACUUCAUAAAGAAUACAAUAUAUAUAUAUACAUAUAUAUAUAUAUAUAUAUAUAUAUAUAUAUAUAUAUAUAUGUAGCAUACGCAGCAAUAAAUUAAUUAAAACAAGCUAUUAAAAAUUAUAUACGUAUAAG